GUUUAUCGAGAGUAGUGUGCAGAUAUUCCAUGAAGUUGUAAACACUGUUCUCACAUCGUCUUGUUGGACGAGACCUCCGGCUGUUGGAAGCAAACUAGUGAUUGAUCCGAGACUGAGUUUCCUCUGUCCAGAGGAUCGUCUAUUAGAGGCCCGGCCAUGCAAUCCGACAAAGACACAGACAAAGCCGCUCCCGCACCCCUCCAGCUCUCUAUGCAAGAUUUGCUCACCCAACUCGACGAAUAUCAACCGACGAUACCGGAUGCUGUGGCGUUGUCAUUCAUGACUUGUGCGGGUUUGGAAACCUCUGAUCCGAAAGUGGUUCGAUUGCUCUCGCUCGCGGCUCAAAAGUUCAUCGCAGACAUCUCAAAUGAUGCUCUGCAACACUGUAAAAUGCGGGGCGCUGGGCAGCCGUCCAAAAAGAGUCCAAAAGACAAGAAAUUCGCUCUCACAACGGAGGACCUCUCGUCAGCGCUGUCAGAAUAUGGCAUACAAGUGAAGAAGCCAAUGUAUUAUAAUUAGGCUUGUAAAGAUAUACUGAGUUACUGCCGCGGGGGUGUUACGGCUGCCACAAUGUAAAGAAUAAAUCACCCAUGUAAGCGA